AUGUUCAUCGAGCAUCCCUAUUUGCAAUUGAAUAUUUUGAUUUUUUUUUCAUUUGUGUUGUGUAUUUAGCGGUAAUUGGGAACAGAAUCCAAUAUAUCGUUCUAUUACAAAUUAUUUAUACAUUGUAAAUAUCGCAAAAACCAUUAACCGAAAUGACAGAUAAUAAAAACGUUCGUAUGGAAACCGAUGAAGUCACGGAGGCUCCUAAAGGGGCCGCAAGUAGUGAAAAUGGUGAACCAAACAGGGACGAUCAAACUGGGACACCGCCGCCGGCCGUCACGCCUCCGCCUACCGAAGAGGAAACUCAAGAAAUAAUUGUUGUGAACGAGCAUACUGAAGAACUUGACUUGAACCAUGGAAGGAUAGGAAAGAUUGAGAACCUUGAGAGACUUAAAAAAUUGGAAAGAUUAUACCUGAGAUGGAACCUGAUCAAGAAGAUCGAAGGUCUGGACUCCCUGACCACCCUGGUGGAGUUGGAGCUGUAUGACAAUCAGAUAGUUGUUAUUGAGAAUUUGGACAGCCUUGUCAACUUAGAGAUUCUGGACCUGUCAUUCAACAGGAUCAAAGAGAUCACUGGCCUAGAGAAGUUGCUGAACCUCAAGAAGCUGUUCCUGAGCUCUAACAAGAUUACUGAGAUCAAAAACGUGAACCACUUCCCCAAGCUGGAGAUGUUGGAGCUUGGAGACAAUCGUAUUAGAGAAAUCAAGAAUCUCGAAGGCCUCACAACGCUGAAACAACUAUACCUAGGGAAAAAUAAAAUUACUAAGAUACAAAACUUGGAAGACUUAACGAAUCUUGAAAUAUUAGUAUUACAGAGCAACAGAUUAACAAAGAUCGAGAACUUGGAAUGCCUGACCAAGUUGGAGCAACUGUACAUAUCUGAGAACGGUCUAACUGCAAUCGAGAAUCUGGACAGUCAAGUGCACUUGCAGACUUUAGAUCUGGCCAAUAACAGGAUUACGGCCAUUGAAAAUGUGAGACAUAUGGGCGAAUUGGAAGAGUUAUGGCUGAACGACAACCAAAUAGCCGACUGGUCUUCAGUUGAAUACCUGAAGAAUAACAAGAAAAUCCAGACGAUAUACCUAGAGAGGAACCCCUUAGCUUCGGAUCCCGCCUACCGCAGGAAACUCAAGUUAACGCUGCCAUCUCUCACGCAGAUCGACGCGACAUUGUGUAGAUAAUUCAAAGUUCUAUUCCAUUAGUUGACACAGUCGUAGUUUCGUUUUGAAAAUCGAAGACGUUGUUCAGCCAGUCAGGUCGGUAUGGUAAAAUCUUGUUUCAAAUGUAAAAAAAAGUAUAUAGAUUGAUUUGUUUUCUUAGUUGCCAGUUUGAAGUAGUUUAAAUUUUUUAUUUCCUAAAAUGACACCUGCACAAUUUACACUCGAUACACAUCCAGCCAGUGAUGGCAAUGGUUGGAAUGGGUAAUUCAAAUUUACGAAAGAAGAAAAAAAAAUGGCUUCCAUAAAAUACAAUAGGCUGUAAAAUUCGAACGUAUGGGAACCAUUAAAUAUGUUAAGACAAUGUAAUUAUUCAGGAAUUACAUACGUAUGUAUUGUUUUGUUCCUUAUACUGUUCACCAACUGAGUGAUAUUUAUGCCAUGUUGGAAAUAUUGUUUAUUACUGUUGAGUCUAUGCCAUGCGGGCCAUUAGUAUUUCCAAAUAUUUGGAAAAGCGUUUGAAUCAACAAUUUUUUUUAAAGUUUUACACGUUAGUGUCUUCUGAUAAUCCAUACUAAUAUUAUGAAUGCGAAUGUAAGUUUGUUUGUUUGUUUUCUCUUCAUGCGUUAUCUUCAGAAGCAAUAUUCUUAAAAUUUUGCGUCUUAUAAUUAAAUGUUUAAAAAGGAGACAUAACCUUUAUCUACGGUAAAAACUACAAUUCCCGUGGAAUUCGCGAAAAAUCUGUUUUCUUUUGUAGGUGGUAGCUCCCAUAUAAUUGAUGUUGUUCGAAUAUGUAUAAGUAUUUAGACUACAAGUUACUUUUUCUAAGUUCGGAAAUGUUGACUAAACUCUGUCCAAGAAUUCAUGAAGUAAAUAUGUACAGUUACUUGUGAAACAUAAACAACUUCGCAAGACUAGGUAACUAACAUAAUAAACAACAUUUGUUUUAUUAAUUUAGUCUUAUUACAAUACCCUGCUUUAUGUGUUGAUAUUUUAUAUGUAAUUUUAGUAGUUAGUAAUAAUUAGUAACUAUUGUUAAUAUUAUUCAUCUUUAUUAUAUUGUUAUAUUAAAUAUUUAUUAACAUUUAAUUUUAACAUUGUUCAUAAUAUAUUUUAGUAAAAUAAUUUAUAACAACCCUAUAUUUUGAUAAGAGUUUGUACACUCAGAAUUCUACUAUCAUUUCAGUAUUAUAAACGAAAUGAUAAAAGUAUGUAAAGUUUGUACAACAAAAGUAUACAAAAUUUUAAUGUGAGUUUUUUGAACUAAAGGUUAAAUUGUUAGUUUAUAUUACAGAAUUAGAAUGUGGGUUGCGUAUAGUAGUUGUACAUUAGAUGUUUCGUUUGAUAUUAUCGUCGCAUAUCGAGUUUUUAUGUAUGUUGUUUGUAAUUUUAUCAUAAUUUAGAUAUAUAUGUCUUAGGUAUGAUAUGCCCAUUUCUUUCUUUUCAACCGCUUUAAAAAAAAGGUGGUUCUCAGUUUGUCCUGUAUGUAUGUAAAUUAAUUAAUGCUUGGUUAGACCUGGUUUAAUACAAAUGAAGGGUCAAGUAUUUGCGUAAAAGAGUAACAGACAUCCAUACAUACAUACUCACAAACUUUCGCAUUUAUAAUACAUAUUAGUAGGAUGAUUAUAUCUGCUUACAAUACUUAACUCGUUACAAUGAAACAAGUAAAUAAACAAUUGUGAAAUUCUCCCGUUUAUGGAUCUCGCACGACCGAAACCAUUCAUAUAUCACUUCAUGUAUUAAAAAUUGCCGUGUGGUUCCCGGCGCCAAUACAAAUAAGUAUAGGACCACCCCAUCUCUUUUCCAUGGAUGUCGUAAAAGGCGACUAAUGGAUAGCCUUGUAAACUUGGGAUUCUUCUUUCAGGCGAUGGCCUAGCAGCCUGUCACUAUUUGAACGUCAAUUUUAUUAUAGAACAUAACAGCUGAACGUGGCCUAUCAGUCUUUCAAGACUGCUGGCUCUGUCUACCCCACAAGGGAUAUAGUCGUGAUUAUAUGAAUGAAUGUAUUGAAAAUUAAAAACUCUAAAGUUUUUAAAUGCCAAAUCAUAUCCUUCUUUAAAAAUAUGAACUGGGAUACAGGAAUUUCAGAACGUCCUUAAAAUGCAUUUAAUCAAUGAUUAAGUAUUAUAUAGAGAAAUAUACCUGACUUGUAUGAUUUAAGUGCCUAUUAAAAUGUCCAGUACAAUGUACACGCCACAGCGGAUUUGAUAGAUUUUGUACCAGUGUUAGUGUUUAGUUCGUAUGUAGUACAUACAUAUACAUAUAUAAGCACUGCAAUUGUACGAUGGAAAACGAAUCUUUCUCUUCUACCCUGUUCUAAAUAAUAUUAUUAGUAUAUAUACAAAGUAGCUGUGCUCGCGACUUCGUCCGCGUGGAAUAGUGGUUUUUGGCAUCAUUGAAGCCCUCAAGGAUGAAUAAUAUUCCCUGUUUUUUGCGCAUUUUUCUAUUAUUACUUCGCUUCUAAAAGUUGCAGCGUGAUGUUAUAUAGCCUAAAGCCUUCCUCGAUAAAUGGUCUAUUCCAACACAAAAAGAUUUUUUUCAAUUCGAACAAGUAGUACCUGAGAUUAGCGCGUUCAAACAAACAAACUCUUCAGCUUUGUAAUAUUAGUACAGAUAAAGGAGCGUCGGCGGUCCAAUCGGUAAGGUGCCCGGUUAAAAUGCGUGUGGCGCCUUAUAAUAAUAUCGCUGACGGGUCAAGUAAGUUACCGACAGAUACCCUGGCGCUUAAAGGGUUGACCUAUGAGCAAUUGCAGUGUUAAAUUUUAUCUGACCAGUGUAAAAUUGGUAGCUAUAUUCAGUUAUUAUAUUUUUUAAUGUAUUAGUGAUAAAAUAGAACAAGUUUAUUGAAGUGUAAUGUGGUCAUAGUGUAUGUAA